CCAACGAAACACAUUUGUGUACCUGUACAGGUUGUACUUUGUGCAUAAAAUAUCAGUACAUUUUAAGUAAACAAGAUAUUAUGGCACUUCGAGCAGCUUCUCUUCUUCCAUCUGCAAUUUCAGCUCACAAAGAGGGGAAGUUGAAUUCUUGUUGUAGUCUGAAGGAAACUUCAUUUAUAUCAAAAAAUGUUAAGUCUGAUUUCAGUCCUCUUUUCAUUGGUGCAAAGGAGCUUAGGCGGAAGUCAUCAUUUGGACCCAUUAGGGGUCAAACAGCAACCGUGGCUCCAUCUGUCAACGAGGCUGCACCAGACGGCAAGAAAACACUUAGGAAGGGCAAUGUGAUAAUUACAGGAGCCUCUUCUGGUUUGGGACUGGCCACAGCUAAGGCUUUAGCCGAUACUGAGAAAUGGCAUGUUAUCAUGGCUUGUAGGAACUUCUUGAAAGCUGAAAAGGCUGCUAAAUCGGUUGGUAUUAGUAAAGAUAACUAUACCGUUAUGCACCUUGAUCUUUCUUCUCUUGAAAGUGUUCGCCAAUUUGUGGACACCUUUAGGAGGUCUGGUCGACCUCUUGAUGCACUUGUGUGCAAUGCAGCAGUCUAUUUGCCAACAGCUAAAGAACCUACUUACACUGCAGAAGGAUUUGAACUUAGCGUUGGGACUAACCAUCUUGGUCACUUUCUUCUCUCAAGGUUGUUGCUUGAUGACCUUAAGAAAUCAGAUUACCCACAAAAGCGACUCAUUAUUGUUGGCUCCAUAACAGGAAACACAAACACUUUGGCUGGAAACGUGCCACCUAAGGCUAACCUGGGGGACUUGAGAGGGUUAGCUGGUGGGUUAAAUGGGCUAAACAAUUCUGCUAUGAUUGAUGGUGGAGAGUUUGAUGGUGCCAAGGCUUACAAAGACAGUAAAGUGUGCAAUAUGCUCACAAUGCAAGAGUUUCAUAGACGUUACCAUGAAGAAAGUGGAGUUACCUUUUCAUCUCUUUAUCCCGGUUGUAUCGCUACAACUGGUCUAUUUAGGGAACAUAUCCCCUUGUUUAGACUUCUAUUCCCUCCUUUUCAGAAAUACAUCACGAAAGGCUAUGUAUCAGAAGAGGAAGCAGGAAAACGACUAGCACAGGUAGUAAGUGAUUCAAGCUUAGGGAAAUCGGGUGUGUAUUGGAGCUGGAACAAGAACUCUGCUUCAUUUGAAAAUCAGCUUUCACAAGAAGCCAGUGACGCAGAGAAAGCUCGGAAGCUGUGGGAAGUCAGCGAAAAGCUUGUUGGUUUGGCUUAGGAUCAGUCAAAAAGAAGAAUCUCAGUCAGUUUCUAUGGUAUGAAUGUGUUUGUUGUGUUGUAAGAAAAAAAAAAGUAUAGCAAUGCAUUCCUGAAUUUUCGAUA